AUGACAUCUGGAUGGUGUGGAAAAAUUGCCAAUACAUUUUAUGAUAUAUUCAAUGGAUGGUCUGUUGAUCAAUUAACAAAAUCGUAUAGUAAAAGUAUCAAUGGUAUAAAUAAUAAUAAUAAUAAUAAUAAUAAUAAUAGAAAUGAUACAGAUAAUAAUAAUAAUAUCAAUAAUAAUAUUAACGAUAGAAAUAAUUAUCUGAAUAGAAAACCUCUUGAAAGAUCAGAAUCAUUGUGGAGUUGGGCUGGCACUGGAUUUAAUAAUUAUGGAUAUACUCGAGAGUGUCGACAACAAUUUUCUUCUCAAAUUGAAAGUGCAUGUACAUGUCAUGAUACAUUGUUUAUUUGUGAUCAUCAACGAAAUCAACUGGGUAUUUCAACGACUUCCAAUACAUCAUUGAACAUACCAUACUAUCGAUGUCCACCACUCGGUUUUCAACAACCAUGUCAACAACAACAACAACAACAACAACAAUAUCGAAAUCAAGUUUUAGCACCAGCACUUAAUCGUAGCUAUUCGUUAGAUUUACCACCAUCAAGUUAUAAUAACUACAAUAAUAAUAAUAAUAACAAUACGUUCUAUCAACCGUUUCCAAAUAUAAUUCCAAUAAAUAGUCAACAACCAUCAACAGAUUUAAAUGAUCAACGAUUACCCACAAUGGGUAUUACUAGACAAAUAAAUAAACCAAUAUAUUCGUCUAAUGAGCAACAACAACAACAACGAGAUUCUAUAACAAAAAAUACAAAUAAUCCAAAACUUUGUCAAAAACUAUCAGCUCGUUCUUCUUGUUCAAUUCCUGGCGAUUAUGAUAACACCAGUGAACAACAAAUUCAAAAUAAUGAAGAAAUUAUUCGAUCUACCGUUAAAAAUCUCGUUUCUCGUUCAUCUCCUUAUCCAAUGAUUUAUAUACCACUAGGAAAUACUGAUUAUCGAGUUGAAGGUGGUUAUUCAAAUGAUUCAUCUCUUUGGUCAAUCGUUAAUACGGUAUCAUCAGCUGAUUGUCAAAUUGAUUGCGAUAAUAUAUCACAAAUAUAUAAUAAUGAUUUUUACGAACAGUAUCAUCUGAACUUAUAUGCGAUUGAUAAAGAUUUAAACCCUGUCGUUAUGUCAGUCAAACUAAAUGGAGUACAUAAUAGUCGAUCUGUCAUUGUUCGAACUAAGGAAAGUUCAAAAUAUGCUGAAUUAUCUGAGAAUAAUUCAGACAAUUUAGAUUAUAGCUCAUAUUGUAAUCAAUUAUAUCCAAAUGUCAAAGUUGAUCAUUUUGAAACAUGUUCAAGUCUUAAAGCUGCUCAAUUUGUUAAAGCGUAUGAUGAAAAAUUGGAAACACAAAAAUUUAAAUUUGGAGUCAUUUAUCAACGACGAGGACAGACUACCGAAGAAGAAUUUUUUAAUAAUGAGAGGCAUGGCCGAGCAUUAGAUGAAUUUUUAGACAAAAUUGCAACACGAGUGUCCUUAAGAGAUUUUAAAGGAUUUCGUGCCGGUCUUGAUACCAGUGGCAAAACUGAUACGCCAAUAUCUUAUUAUGAAUUAUAUGAAAAUAAAGAAAUAAUGUUUCAUGUAUCGACAUUGCUUCCAUUUACAUGCACAGAUCGACAACAAGUACAACGUAAACGACAUAUUGGAAACGAUAUUGUUGCCAUUGUGUUUCAAGAAGAAAAUACACCUUUUCAUCCGUCGAUGAUACGAUCAAAUUUUUUACAUGCAUUUCUCGUUGUACAACCUGUCUAUAAUGCAUCAAGAACAUGCUAUAAAAUCAUGCUUGUUACUCGUCGAGAUGUCGAAUCAUUCAAUCCCGUUUUACAUGAAAAUUGCGUUUAUCUCAAAUCAUCUGAUUUUUUAAAGCCAUUUAUUCUUACAAAAUUGAUAAAUGCCGAAUAUGCAUGUUAUCGUUGUCGUACAUUUUCAUUAUUACAAGAACGUACACGUUGUGCAUAUUUAAAAACUCUAUGUGAACAUUUAACAACAAAAACAUAUGAUAUUUUGUGUGAUGAACAAAAAUCGUCUCAACGACGUGCAUCAUUGUUAUCAAAUUCAACAAAAAGACGUUAUUUUUCAUCAAUGAAAAAAAUGUUUGGUAGAAGUAAUAGUACGCCUGAUGGUAGAAUAUCGACAUCAGACACAAGUACCAGAACUUUUAUAAAUACGCUGAACAAUGAAUCGGAAAUAAAUGGAAAAGAUCGUCGAAAAAAUAGUAAAAAACUUUCAAGAACAUCAAAUAUAAUAGAAUCUCUUGAUGAAACAACGAUACUUGGACCAUUACGUUCAUCUAUGAUUUUGUCAGAAACGUUAACUGGACUUAGUUUUGAAAGCUUAAAUAGUACAGAUACACCAUCUGAUCAUCGUCCACAAAUGUACUAUGAAGAAUCAGACGAAGGUCUCGACAGUAUGUCAUCUGCUGAAACCCACAUUUCACCAUCACAUCCUGUUCUGUACGAUAAUGAUCAACACCAAGAUCCAGAUGUAUAUCGACAACAGCUACGUCAAGCUGAAAAAAAGAAUGAUGCUUACAUCAAACCGGUUGUAUAUAAUUCAUGGCAUCAUCCGAAAUCGUCAAUGAAAAUAUUUAUGCCACAAACGACAGGUAUCCAUAUAAGUGAAGAAGCAGCCAUUGUUUGA